GUGGUGUGGUACUCCACUCACUCAAACGCGGCCUUUGAUAGUAUGAUACAGUCUGUUCGUAUGAACUCAACCACACCUGCUGUUGACUUGCUGUAUCCCUACUCUUCUACCCAAUCACAAACUCAGUCGAAUCAACGACCGGGUCCCGCCGGGAGCCCGGAGUUUGUUCAGGUUAGAGACCUGCCAGUAGUCCGCUUGAUUCUUGCCGCCAUGGACGUUGCUGGUAUCUGAUGCAAAUUCAAGACCAUGACUCGGAGAUGGAUCUGAGUCACUCGUACCAGCUCGUACCAUUAUCACUUGACUAAGACUUUCUGAUUGUGAUAUUGCAGACUUUUCAUUCAUAUGGUUAAUUCUGAAUGAUCCCACGAGUAUUUACCAGAAACCGUCGGGUGUGGCGUGCACUGGCUCCAGCUGCGCUAGUGCGUUUCAGUCCUGGGCUCGUACUUGGGGCCCGAGUUCCAAUCUGCACUAUGGCAUCAGAUCACAUCGGAAAUGACAAGACACUGCCGCAGGACCUGUGCGUGUUCACGACAUUAUUAGGCUGGUGGCUGCGAGGUUCCCACUGGAUCUUCAUGGAUGGAACUAGUUGCAACCUGGACUACCACUGGGUAGCGGAAGAAAAUUCCGCGAUCCGCAAUCCACGUACAAAAUAUUAUCAGGCGCCCACUGGGAACUUGUUUACCAAGUUCAGUUAUUAAAAGCGUGUCAAAAUUACUACGGGAGGGGUCUUUCACUUUUACGAAAGCAUGAUUUAAGUGCAGAAGGUCAUCUAGUUCCAAGUAAAGGUGCAGAUGUGUGUUGCUUUGCUUAGCAGGUAUAUAUGAUAUUGUUCAAGGAGAACAAUGAAGGGUUGGUGCGCGGCGCGCGUUCGCGAUGAG